ACAAGGAGGUCAUGUGAUAAGAGCGGCCUCGAUGUGGCUGAGACCGACAGUUUUGCUAGGUGUAGUGGGGAGCAGGGUACUAGUCAGAGCUAUGUGUGCUCAGGUGGAUAAUUGGAAAACCGCCAAGUCUAUCUACGAGUUCUCUGCCAAAGACAUCGAUGGAAAUGAGGUGUCUCUGGAGAAAUACAAGGGUCAUGUUUGCAUCAUUGUAAAUGUAGCCUCCAAGUGAGGAAAGACAAAGGUAAACUACACUCAGCUUGCGAAAAUGCACGCUACGUACGCUGAGCAAGGUUUACGCAUCCUGGGCUUCCCAUGUAACCAGUUUGGAGGACAGGAACCAGGGACAGAAGCAGAGAUUAAGGAGUUUGCCAAAGGUUACAAUGCAGAGUUCGAUCUCUUUAGUAAGAUUGAGGUAAACGGUGACAAUGCUCACCCUCUGUGGAAAUGGAUGAAGGCACAACCCAAAGGAAAGGGAUUGCUUGGAAAUAACAUCAAGUGGAACUUCACAAAGUUCCUGAUAAACAAAAAUGGGGAGGUGGUGAAGAGAUACGGUCCAACUGACGAUCCAGAGGUGGUGGAAAAGGACCUGCCCCCAUACAUGUAACACUGUUUGGCGUUUCUCUAUUGCCUGACCUCUCACGUGAACUUCAGGGUAUUUGUGCGUGUGUAUCUGGACCAGUGACGGACCUGUCUUUAAACCCAACCUUGGGGGGGCAGGGCCUGAUGACCCCCAGCGUGCAGCUUAUUUCCAGAAACCCCUCGCUUCAAACCUUGUAAAGACCACUUGAGAGGACAGUUGUUAGCCAAUAUAGAGGGUUUGCAUCAUGGAUUUCACUAUAAACAGCCAUUCCUAUUUUUUUGUUUCAGUCCAAAUACCAUCCCAAUUUAUUUGUUUGGUAAUGAGUUUGCUUACAUUUUGUUUUGUAAGAGCAAAUGCCACAAAUAACUUGGCUUUCUGUAUAUCUAGUUUACCUUGCACUUGUCAAAACGCUUAUUGUUGGAACGUACACUGGUAACUUAUGGAACAAAAUGAAAAAAUAAAAUGCUGUCUUGAACAUUC